AAGCAACGUACCGUAAGAAAGAGUGAGACGGGCGUCGUCUACCGCUGCCGAGUCAAACUCGGUGUGACGAAAAAUGUUUCUGCUUAAGGACAGAGACUUGCUUUUCUCGAUCUAGGUGGUUUUUUAUUUGCAUGAUAUGGUGGUGCAUUCCAAGUCAUAUUGUGCUUGAGUGUCUUCUGAGGCAAGGUACAACUAGAAGGUGCGAUGCUGAAGAACGAUUUUCUGAGAAAUCUCUGUUUGCUGUUACGAUCCAAAAAUCUCCCCCUCUAAAACCUAGUCGACAAAAGUUUGACGUUUCGAAAGCUAUAUGACGAGGGGUAUGACUCGGUGUUGACAACCGUGUGUCCGAAUCCAGAAUACGCUGUUUACAACAGCGAUCAAGUCGAACUUAUCGGAGAAGGAGAGACCUUUCAAGGAAGACAUGAUUAAGAAUGUAUCAGAGGCGGUGAAAGGCAAACCUUUCAAGGGAGGCAUGCUGAAGAUGAAGAGCAAGAACCUCUGGUCCUUCUUCCCGAAGCUCGUAUGACAAGAUUUGUUAAUGAAAAAGAA